UACAUAACUUCAUACGCACAGCGCUCACAGUGAUGUCCUGGUUUAGUGGCAUAACUGCGUCGUAUGUCAGUGACUUCCGGUGUAAACGGAAGUUUCACGGCUAUUUGUUUCUGGCAUGUGCUUUACUGUUGAUUGUGGUGCCAGUAAAUUCACGUCCGAAGGAGACGGAGAGCGAUGUUGUCGUACCUGUGGAAGAUGGACUACCACUGAGCGAGGAGUAUGGGGAUGCCGAUAACAUUGAGUUUCAUCAAGCUAAAAUUGUGAACGGCAUUUUGAAGGAGGAUCAUCCGGUUAUUAUGUAUAAAGAGGACUUUGUUAGCGAAGAUUUUGUACCGAAAAAGAACAACACUCAUCGCCAGCGUAAACAUAAAGAUCCAGCUCAUCGGCGACGUCGCAUUGGUGAUCACUUAAGCGCUGAGAAAUAUCAUCCCUUGGAACCGGAAAAAAUUUAUUUCGAUAUAUUAUCGCCUUCACCGCUCGUUACUUCUGAUGAAUCGAAAGCUGCAUCAUCGAAGUUGCACGUCGAAGUCAUCUCUUUGGCUGAUGCCGAUUCAAAAAUGGUGCAAAGCGAUGAUGAAGUGAAGCGUGUGCUCCAUAAGCGACCGAAAAAAUUCCAUCAUCGUCGUCAACGUCGUGAUGCGGACACAAUUUCGCAGAAUGAACAUAUUCUGCGCAAACGCAAUCCAUACUAUAGCUUUAGAAAGGUGUCCACCAAUGCCAAUAGCAUAAGUGGACCAGCGCAUAUAGCCAAUUAUUACUUGCCAAGUUAUCCACCAGUUAAACGUUUUGAAAAACAUCCAGUUCCUGGCGAUUACUUUAACGGCCCUGUUAAUGUCAUUCAGUUUGCGUCAAGAUUUGGUGGACCCUCCAAUACUGAUCGCGUAAUUUGGCGUGAUUAUACACCAACAAGAAAUCCAAAUCAACGUUUAAAUAUCACGAUUGGAGCGCCAGCACCGCUUUUUCCUAAGCGCACCUCGCCCUCACCAUUACCAGCAGUAACAGCAGGACCCCCUAGCCGAACAACUGCUCAACCAAGCUUCGCUAAUGAGGGAUCUGUUCAUCAUUCCGUAAUCACCGAUGCGCCCGCCCAAUAUCCAACAGCAGCUCCACCAAAACCACCAUCUUCCUCCACGGCCUGCGUUUGGGCUAUCGCUAGCUGCUGCUCGCCAAACGAUCGGACUGUGCGGUAUAGUUGCUUCGAACGCUAUGGUUGUAAUUUAGUCUUUUUCGAUUUAAAUCCUUGCGCAGAUAAUAUUCGCGAUAAUAUCGUUGGAUAUUUGAAUCAACAAUUCGAAUAAAUUUCGAAGAGUAUUUAUUAGGCGUAUGGGAGUUUUAAUUUUCACAAAAAGCAUUUAUUAACCAUAGUUUUUAUUUAGUUUGUAAGCU